GAAGCGGGGCUAGUUUAGUGGAAGGGGAGGUGAAUAGUGGAAUCUUGCCCCGUAGACACAACUCUAAACUGCGGCAACUUUGUCACCCUCCUCCCCCUCCUGUUCGCUGCAGCGGAGAAGCUCGAUAAGCCGGACUGCGGCGAUUUUAGUCGAGCUAUUUUGUGGCAGAUGCUAGAAUGAUAGCGUCGUAGAAAACUUAACCGGGACUUUCCAAACGGCGGAUGUUUAUUAGCCGAGCGGUAACUAAAACAUAACAGAGUAUGUUCUCAUUUUUAGGGGGCUGAACCAGAGAUUGCCUCUGUAUUCUGUUUGAGACGUUCUACGUCAGCAGCAUCACACUAUGUAGCGAAAUAAAGUUGACGUUUACAGCAUUUAAGCUCGAUUUGCACGUUAUUUGUUGCGCGCCAGCAUCGAAAUGUCAAACCGAUUUCAAUUCCUCGCCACGUACACCAGACGUACCCAAGAAUAUUGUGUGAUCAAAACUCACUUGGAUCACCAGUGAUAGCGGAGACAAGGCUGAAAUAAAAGUAUUCAAAACUUCCUCCUGAAGGUAGGAGGAAAGCAUAGGGACCUGUCCUUUUUGAUUUCAUCUUAAGUUACCGGAACCAUUAUAAAACACCACCAUACAAAUGUGUGCCCCUCCAUCAAACAAUCAUAAAGACCUCACAGUAGAUUAGCAUCAGAAAGAAAAAAUGACAGACACAACAAAUCGCCAUCUGAGACACAAGUUGCAGAAUUUAGGAAGACGUCUGGAUGAGCUUGAAGAGGCCAGAGGCAAACUACAGAAAGCUGAAGAUGAACUUCUUGACAUUCAGGACAAAAUCAUUCAGGCUGAAGGGAGUAAUUCCUCACUGCUCACCGAUGUGGAGACAAUGCGGAAAAGAUUGCUCAAAAUUGAAGGCAAAGAUGAAGAGGUCAGGAAAGCGGAGGAUCUUUGUCGUAAGGUUAGGGAGAAAUUAGAUCAGGAAGAGAAACUUACCAAGGAUCUUAAAGUAGAGAUUGAGCGUCUUCAGCGCAGAAUGACUGAACUUGAGAAGCUUGAAGAGGCUUUUGGUAAAAGCAAGUCAGACUGUAGGCAGUUGUGCAUUAGUCUUAAUGAGGAGAAAAACCUGACCAAAAAGCUUGCAGCAGAGCUUGAUGCCUUGAAGGCCCGUGUCAAGGAAGUGGAUACCUCUGAAGCUCGACUAGACAGGGCAGAAAAAUCCCUUACUGCAGAGAUGGAGAAACUAAAGAGUCUCACUCAGACGUUUGUGACUGAACGCAAAAGACUUCUGGAAAGGCAGAGAGAGGAUGAGAAAAUCAUACUCAAGCUGACUGAGAAGCUUGAACUUAAGAAGAGCAAGCUAGGCCCAGCAGACCAUAGCCGAUUUGAUUCUAGAGAUCUUCGAAUUGAGGAUGAGUUCUCAGCUGGCCUUGCAUCCAAACUGGCCAGGAAGAAGAGUUUUGACUACUUGAAGCAUGCAGAUGACCUAGAUUUGAGAAAUGAGUCAGAGAAUGAGAAAAAUAGCUUUGAGGGGCAAGAAGAUAAUAAGGUUAAAGACCUCAGCCAGGAAGUGGAAAGAUUGAAGAAUCGUUUGAAGCAGAUGGAGUUAGUGGAGGAAGACUUGAAGAACAUGGAAUCCAAGAAUGCUGAACUGAUAGAAAAGUACCAGCAGGAGAGGAACCGCAGUCAAGCUCUCCAUGACCAGGUUGAGCAGAUGAAAAUGCAGCUCAAUGGUUGCAGCAGUAGUAAUGGAAACUCUGCAGUUACCAGCACUACAAAGGUCCUGGAGAAUGGCAAGGCAGAAAAUGAAGAGAUCCAUGUACGAAGCUUCAGACAGGAGAAACCUAAAUUACUAAAUAGGAGUCCUGCUGCUUCUGAACCAGUCACCUCAAAGUACAAAAGCAGAGAGGCAUCUCCUCAGCAGAGGCGAGAAACUAAGCAGAGGAACAAAGACCUUUGUCACUCUACAGAAAGCUCCCCAAAGACUGUACGAAGGACUCUUAGUCCAGCACAUAAUGCUAGGAAAGGUAUGAAGACUGGUGCUUCCAGUACUACUUCUGAUAAUGGGACAAAAGAUGGAAAGAAAGAUGAAAAAAUUGGAAGUGCCUCAUCAAGUGCUGUCAAUGAAAGCAAGAAAGUUUCGGUCCUUAGUCGCUAUCCUCCAGCUGCUAAUGACCAAAAGUCUUGGAAGCCACCGGUCAAGCAAAAUGACAGUGAUAGCAAUAAGAGUCAAACAGAGAAGUUGUCCAAGUACACGGGAAGUGAUAGUGAAUCAAACAACUCUGAUGGGUCACUCUUAAAUUCAGCCAGUGCUGCUAUCAUUGCUUCACCUGAGAAAGGACUAACCGAACCCGAGAGUUUAGAUCAGGAUAAUUCUUCAAUGUUGAGUCUGUCCAAGGCAAAUGGAUCUUAUACUGCUUACAGAUCCCAUGUAUCUCCAUCUGUUCUGAGUGAUCAAGGUUCUGAUGGUCACUCCUCAGCCUCUGAAACUGAAUCCAUUGGUUCCAGACGAUUGGCAGGUGAGCAAAAUGACCCCCUGAUGUCAAGUACAAGUGGAAGAACAUCAUCAAAGUACACUAGAUACUCACGACUGCAAGAAUCUUACUCUGAUGGUUCCUCAAAGGGCCCCUUCAGUGAGGAGCAACGCAGACCUCUUACAAUGGAAGGGGAUACCCAGGAAACUACGCAUACUACCUCGGGUAUUGAAGUCCGCAGGGUAUGCAGCCCUCGUGAAGCCCUCCAGUCAAAAGCUGUCAUCAAGCAAGCCAUUGUUGAGAUUGACAGAAAGGAAGUGAUGUCAGGGGGAAUCACAGAGCCUUUGACCACUAGUGGGAAACCCAAGAUCUCUACUAAGCCAGUAUUGACUAGCAAGAUGACCAGCAGUAUCACCUUCUAUCCCAAUGACCCCAGCUCCUCUCAAACAAGCAGUCGGAGCAGUAGUUUAUCAAGUGAACCCCCUUCCAAGGAAAGGCACACUUCCACAAGUAAUAUUGUCAUCGGUCCCAGUAGUGAGCACAGAGGUAGCAUCUCUAUACCUUACGAAAUAUCCAUCCCUAAGAGUGAGAUCACGCUAUGUCAAGGUGAGACUGAUGCUGACUUCUCUGAACCUCACAGUUACCUUGAGACUGCUCCCGUGGAGGCAACCCUCCUAUCUCAAAGCAGUUUCAGCCUCCAGUCUUCAGAAGCUUCAGACUUGAACAAUGACAUUGAGUCUGGGUUUGAGAGCAGCAGUAGCGGCACCACCGUGACCAACUGGAAAAGCCACCACAACCACCACUCAUAUGAUGACAGUUUGCCAGAAAUGAGAAACGUCACUGUCAGGAGCACUUGGAGGAGCCGUGGGGCAGCUUCUGUGGAUGAAUCUGCUCGAGCACUAAGGCAAGAUGGCUCAGAGGAUGAGGGCGAGUCUGCAUCCACCUGGAGAGCAUAUAGGGCAACUACAGUGUUGGACACUCCAUCAAACUCCAGCACUGUUGCUAAAUGUGGAAGUAAACCCAGCCCAGUCGAAGUAUACAUGCGCAGAAUCAACAAUGCAGCACCAUCGGUCCAUGAUCUGGGACGACGGAACAAGAAGACUCCUUCACCAGAGAGGGCUAUUGCACAUGAGCCUGUCAGUGCUCAGCAACUUCAACCAAGGGGCCGUAAACACCCCAUGUCUGCAGAUGAUCGAGAAACCACUCCGUCCUCAUGGCGAAGGCAGCCUCCGGGUGAUGUGGACCUGUACGAUAGGUCUGCGAGUCGUGGAGCAUGGUCUAGCAGGAACCGCACAGCUGAUGGAAGCCGGUCAUGGUCAAAUCGCCACCUGGACAAUUGACCCAGAUUACCCACAUUUCUAACUAGAGAUUCAUCAUAUCUUUAAAGACCCAUCAGAUGAUCAGAUUUCCAGGCAGUGACCCCCGGGAACCUCCUCGUCGUACUUUUACAUCAACCACACCUGUAUGAAUUCACCAUCUUCCAGCUGUCGCUUUGGGAACAGAAGUCACAUAUUCCUACAGCGAUGAAUCCUCUUCUGCUUCUCGUAGUUUAUUAAAGUCGUCAGAUGUGACAAGGGAGAGGCUCAGACAUGUGACUGUCUUGCUGUUGGGAGAAUGUGAAGGGGGCUUUGGGUCAUUUAUCACCAGUAGUUUGACAAUCUCACUUUUAUUUUUCUGGAUGGAGUUUAAUUUAGGAAUUCAUUGGGAUUAUUGCACACAGCUAAAAUUAAUAGAUUAUCCAGGUGUUCACAAGUAGAGCCAGUAGUCAACCACAUCCUAAGCGUACAUGCUAAAUCUUCAGUAUGCAUUCAUGUAAUUAAGCCCAGUUUUUCACCCUUAAAGCUCCUGGUGUCCAAGUUUAUUUGAUCUCAUUUGUAAUCUGAUCAUGUUCAUUGAACUGUAUUCUGUUACUAAUUUGUUUAAUUCCUUCAUCUUCUCUUUAACUGGAUUUGAUGGUUGCACAACCAGCAUAGCGAAUGCACAGGACCACCAACACUAAAAAGCUGGGAAACGCAUCUGCAUGUUGACCCUUCCCCAUCUCAGUAGCUCUGAGGGGAUGUUGGCUUUGGAUUCCAAACCAGCUGGAGAAGAAUCCAAUCAUCUAGAGCUCAUCUCGAUGUGACCUCGUCCAUCUGGGUAGCUAACCGGAAUUAUCCCAAAUGCUGGACAUUUAUGGAGGAUUUUAAGAGCGGACUCCUCACAGCCGCUUUGUAACUCUAUUCGCAAACUUUGCACAGAAAGACACUGAUCCGAACUCUCAGUGUGUCACAGGAAACCAGUGUUAGGGAUUCUGCUGGUCCGAGUCAGUCCCUAGAUGGGUCGUGUUUUCAGUUAUUUCAGCCAUAGAGCUUGUUGAGCCUUGAGGGUGGCUAGCAUGACACCACAGAGGAUCCAGAAUGCUUAAGUUAGGAAUGCUUGUGCCUGGAUAAACGGCCUCACCAUCAAAAGCAUCGGAAUGCCCAUCACUUUGUCCUCAUGCGGUUAGUACUUGUUGAAAUAUUGAAUAGAGCUGCUGCAGUUGAAAUGUCUUGUACUGUUUCUAUUAGGUUUUUAAACUUCAGUGCCACCAAUGAUUCAUUUUCUCAUUCAGGCUCAGAUUCCUCUUGUCCUUAAACACUGCGCUGAAGUGUCUGUAUGUAUUAAUAUCUCUCUUAUCCAAGUCUGUGUCUCAAUUGAACCCGACAAUGACGACGGCCCACCAGAUGAUCUCAGUCUCCAAUGUCACUGGAAUGUGGGAUGUUUUAUUUUUCUGUUUGUUUUAAUCUAAUGCUGUACAUAUCAUGUUCUGGGAGUUGAUGUUCAGGUGGGCAGUUUGCUUUCUUUGCAGCAUCUUACUUGGUUAUUACAGCUUUAAAAAGAUCCAUGCCUCACCAUCACGGUCAGCUUUGCUUCGUUCUGGUUUCAUGUGCUUCUGUGUCCUGUAAAGUCAUUCAUCCCUCUGCUUGGGCUGGAUGGAGUCUUUGAAACACAAGUGGAAAUUUCUUUUUGUCUAUUGAUUUAUCCAUUUAAGUCAUUCUAAUGAAUUUGUAAUUGCACUUAAAUCAUCAUUAAAACCGACUUAUAAAGUAAAAAAAACAGACUAGAUCCUUCUGAAAAUAAGUAAUUUCUGAUGUAUAAAUAAUGUUUUCACAGCUUUGGUUUGGAUUAUACCUCAGAAAUGGAGACACUACACAACUGUUGUGGCUUAACAGCAAAAAAUGUAACGUGUAAUGAAUAAUAUAAUGAUUUUACCACCCAACUUAAAACUUAAUUUUCUACACCAAGCUGCCCAUACAGCAUUUAUAGUAUAUAUAAUAUUAUAUUUAAUUUCUGAAAAUAACUCAUUUGACUUCGGCCAGUGGUUUGGCUUUGUACUUCACAAAUUUUGUUUUCUGUUUUGUUCUGCACAGCAAAACCAAAACUGUGUCUUUCCAAAUGCAUUCCCCAGACUUCACCUCUACUUCCUGUUCUGGGGUCUUGGGCUGAAGCGAACAUGCUGGUUCCUGUAUCUCAUGCCCUUGCUUUCCCAGAAUACCUUAGUGCUCUGGGCUGCUGUAAUCCAAGCUGCCGAUCCCUAAAGCCAUUUUAUUAGCUGGCUAAAGCAGUGGCAGCAGGCCUGAUAUACGACCCCGGGGUUGCUUGCAGGUGAGAGGUUAGUGCUGCAUUUGAUGGGCUAACUUCUGAGGGAGGAAGUGAGACAAGCUGGCAGCAAAAAAAGCAAAAGAGGAAGCUGAGAAGGUGAACGGCCAGCUCACUGGGAUGGUGUCCAUGUGUGGUACCAAGAAGAACCAGGAGGGUCACCCUGGAUUCUGUGGAGUUUUAGCCGUUUCUCAACUUCCACAAAUAGUUUUAGGCAUUAUGAAUUGUAAAUCCUUCUAUAAUACAUUUGUGCCCGCUCAAAGCUUGCAAACAUGAUCCUAAAACUGCAGCAUGACCCAAAUCGAUGUGAUGAUAUAGUGCGAGUCUGUACCAGCAGAAAAUACCAGCAGACUCUUCCAGGCAAAGGUGCCGCAGCUGUCGGAAACUGUAGUUUUUAUGUGCUCACAAGACAGUCCAGUUUCUGAAAGAUCUUUUUAAAGAGGCCGACUGAAACCGCAAUUCUCAAGGAAUUCUUCCUCAUUUCUCCACCGCAUUUACUAAUAUGUCAGUGUGCCGUUUGCCCUCAGAAGUCAUCGAACACAUGUCUCUGAUUUUCAUUCCUCCACUGCUGUCUUUAGCUCUCUUUGGAAAUAAUGGCUGUGAGAUUCGAUUACACAUCUCAGCACGGAUCAGUGGUUAUAUAGUUUCACAUAUUGUUCGUUUAAAAACUAAAUCAUGAAAAUAUGUCUUACUACAUCAAGGUUUUUCCAUCUACAUCUCUUUUGUGUACAUUUAGGAGGUCAAACAACCUAGCUAUGACACAAGUCAGUAAGCAUUACCAUGUUUAGCUUCUGACAGUUGGUGAUGACUCAGAAUGGUUUUUAAUCAUUUCUAGUGACAAUUUUCUAAGUCUUAUUGAGGAAAGUAGUUGUAAUUAUUUUCUAAAUGUCAUUUAUAAGCAAUAAAGUAAUAUUGAAUGUACAGAAGAGAAAUUUUGAAAGCUGUGUUAUACCCGCAUUGUGAGCCGGCAUUGGACCCGAAAGGUCAAAAAUAGGUCACAGUGUCAUGAAAAAUCACUCCAGAAUUGCACUUAACCAGCACUUAAAUUAAAUGACUCUUUUAACCUUUUCCUUAACAUUUAUGGAUUUCCUUUUCUAAAAUGCCUGAUUCCCCCCUCC